CUCCAGGAGAAGAUGACCGUGUUCUUCAAAACACUUCGGAAUCACUGGAAGAAAACCACAGCUGGGCUCUGUUUGCUGACAUGGGGAGGUCACUGGCUCUAUGGGAAACACUGCGAUAACCUGCUAAGGAGAGCUGCCUGUCAAGAAGCUCAGGUGUUCGGUAACCAACUCAUUCCUCCCAAUGCACAAGUGAAGAAAGCAACUGUUUUUCUCAAUCCUGCAGCUUGCAAAGGCAAAGCCAGAACUCUGUUUGAGAAGAAUGCUGCCCCUAUUUUACAUUUGUCUGGCAUGGAUGUGACUGUCGUUAAGACAGAUUAUGAGGGACAAGCUAAGAAACUGCUGGAACUGAUGGAAAGCACAGAUGUGAUCAUUGUUGCUGGAGGAGAUGGGACGCUGCAGGAGGUUGUUACAGGAGUUCUUCGAAGAACAGAUGAGGCUACCUUCAGUAAGAUUCCCAUUGGAUUUAUCCCACUGGGACAGACCAGUAGUUUGAGCCAUACCCUCUUUGCUGACAGUGGAAACAAAGUCCAACAUAUUACAGAUGCCACACUUGCCAUUGUGAAAGGAGAGACGGUACCACUUGAUGUCUUACAAAUCAAGGGUGAAAAAGAACAACCUGUGUUUGCAAUGACUGGCCUUCGCUGGGGAUCCUUCAGAGAUGCUGGCGUCAAAAUUAGCAAGUACUGGUAUCUUGGGCCUCUAAAAAUCAAAGCAGCUCACUUUUUCAGCACUCUUCAGGAGUGGCCUCAGACUCACGAAGCCUCCAUCUCCUACACAGGGCCUAAAGAGAGACCACCCAGUGAACCAGAAGAAAUCCCUCCCCGGCCCUCUCUGUACAGGAGAAUCCUCCGCAGGCUCGCCUCAUACUGGGCACAACCACAGGAUGCCCUUUCCCAAGAGGUGAGCCCAGAGGUCUGGAAUGACGUAAAGCUGUCCACCAUCGAGCUGUCCAUCACAACCCGGAACAGCCAGCCAGACCUGAUGGGCAAAGAGGACUUUAUGAACAUCUGUAUUGAACCUGACACUGUCAGCAAAGGAGACUUUAUUACCAUAGGAAGUAAAAAGGUGAGAAACCCCAAGCUUCGAGCAGAUGGCACCGAGUGCCUCCAGGCAAGCCGCUGCACGCUGCUGCUUCCGGAGGGAACGGGGGGCUCUUUCAGCAUUGACAGCGAGGAGUACGAAGCGAUGCCCGUGGAGGUGAAGCUGCUGCCCAGAAAACUGCGCUUCUUCUGCGACCCCAGGAAGCGGGAAGAAAUGCUGCAGAGCGCAGCCUAGUGAGGCCCGGCACGCCGCCCCGCCGGCCGCCGCGGGACCGGGCACCUCGGGUC